AUGUUUCCUGAGUCUUGCAAAAAUCGAUCGAUAGGAUCAAUCAAUUAAUCUUGUCAUGAAUCUCAUCGUCCGAGACACCAUCUAGUCAAUUCAAUUGGAUUUUUGUCUAAACAUGAAUCAAGAAACUCUUAUUAUGAUAAAGAGGAUCAAUAGGAUCAAUUAUUAAAAAUGAAACACGAGCUCAAUUAAUUAAGAUUGGAAAAUAUUUAAUUAAAGUCUUAGAAUAUCUAUUUUCAAGUAAGGGAUUAUUAAUAUCAAGAAAGAUGUCGAAAGCUUUCACUAGCAGUUAUCAGAUGAUGAUAUAUAAGUGAAAACUGUUAGAAACAAUUAGAAAUUCAAGCAUUUACUUAAAUUACUAUAGAAUAAAGAUGUUGAGAUAGAAGGUUUAAAAAAAAAGUUGAAAAUGGAUGAAAUCGUGAAUUAGUAAAAAAAAAUAGCUGAACUGUAAAAUAUGCUCGAACUUCAAAAAGAAAAAUUAUUAGGCAAUCAAAGAAAUAUAUUAGCCCCACAAUUUGCCAUCCUUGAAGAAUUAGAACAAGAUAAUAUUAAACUAGUUUAGAUAGUAUCAGGGUUGGAAGAGAAACUCAAGGAUUAUGAUUAAAUGAAAAAGCAUAUCGUAACGUAGCAAGUCAAAAUUUAGUAAUAAAAAUAACUCAUUACUGAAUUGUAAAAAGAGAUUAGAUAAUACAAGGAAAGAGAUUUAUUGUUUGCAGUUAAACACAAUCAAAAGAGUAAACAAGAUUAAUAAAUUAAGUAAUAAUAUUAAUUAUACUUAGAAAACUACUCUCAGAUAUUCAUAAAUUGAGUUCCAAGAGAUAAGAAGAUGAAAUUUAUAUAGAAUAAUUAAUAGAGAGACAUUAACAAGAAAUUAAAUAAUAUGAUAGAAGAAUUAUAGAGAAGGAUGAUGAAAUGUAAUCGCUGCAAGAGAGAUGUGAGUCAUUAUGUAAGGCUCUCUAGGAAGAGCAUAUUUAAAAAGCUAAACUUAAAAAGAAUGAGAAAUCAAGCUCGAUUAUCAAGCCUUCUAUGUUUUCACAGCAUUAAAUUGUUGGUCGAGGUUCUGGAGAUUUCUCACUAAUUACAUCUUAAAGAUCUUUAAGUGGUAUAGGGAAAUCUAAAUAUUCUAAAAUUAACAAACAAGAUCUUUGUUAAAUAGUGAAGAUUAUCAAAUUUUCUAUGAUUAUUAAUAAAUUAGCUUUUGAUGAAUUAGAUGCUGUAAUAUACUUUUAACUUAUAAUAGUAUUUGUUUAAAAAUUAAUAAGAAACUACUUUAGACGAGCUUAAAGAUGCUUUGCAAUAAUAAAUUUUCAGUUUAACUAAGGAACAAGCUUGCACUUUAGCAAAUUAUUUAUUCGAUUAAGAAGAUGAAAUUAAUUUAGACAAGCCAUAAAAUAAUUCUAGGAUAAGAAGCAUUUUAAAGACAUUAUUAGAUAAUUUUCGAUUGCCGAACAAAUAAGUGUUUGAUGAAAUUCAAACAAAUUUGAAUGCAAAUAAUCUUGAAAUGAUUUGUAAUCAAAUUUAAUCUAAAUUUUAAAGUCCUAGAAACAAACAUAGUGUGAAUGUAACUUAAAAUAUAAUAAUAAUAGGAUUUGUUUGAUCUAUUUUAAGAGAAUGGCAUAAAAUUUUCAAAAGCAGCUCUUGAUUAUAUAGAAUCUUAAUUCUAUAAAUUAAAUAGACAAUUAAGUGUUUUUGAAAUAGAUUAAUUACAACAAUUGAUUGAUAGUAUUAAUAAUUGA